GCCUGUGUCACUACUGGUGUCGUAAGUAAACAGACGACCAAUCAGAGCUGAUAGAGUUGUUGCAGCGUACAUUUGUUUGUUAGCUUAUCUCUUCAAACCCUAAACAGACAGUGAUAAGUGAGAACUAAUAUAUCGUUCAUAUCUGCCCAAACGAAGGAUAGUCGCACGAUGGAGGCAAAAGUGAACUACAUCAAAACGCGGCUCGUGCAGCAGGUGCUGACCAGCCACGAAAGCUUCCGUGGGAUGGAAGUCGUGCACAGUGACCUGCACACACCGAAACAUCUCGACGGGUUCAUGUCCGCCAUCCAUCAGUUGACGCUGACCGUGCGCCACAGUGCAAGUGGGGAAACAUCCACCGUUCCGCUGCUGGUGAAGGUGAUGAAGGGGGACGAGCUGUUCCGCAAGCAAAACCUUGCCCACGUCCUCUUCCCGAACGAGAUCAACAUCUACGCGAACGUGCUGCCCCAGUUUGAUGCGUUUCUCGCCGAAGCUGGCUCGGAGCUGCGGGCAACGCGCUGGUGCCCCCGGGUGUAUCUCAGCACGAUGGGCCAGUUCCGCGAGUACAGCGAACUGUUCGAAACGUUCCUCGUGAUGGAAAACGUGACACCGCGGGGUUUCCGUACUGGGCCGCGGCUAGAUCUGGACGAGGCACAUCUGACGCUGAUGGUGGAGAUCAUCGCCCGCUACCACGCUUGCUCGUACGCGCUGCGCAUCAAAGACCCGCCCGCCCUGGACCGGCUCGUGGAGCGCAUUGUGCCGUUGAAUUUCCUGCAGGAUGGGAAGGUAUUUUUCGAAAGCUACGACGUAGUGUUCCGACUCGCAGCGGAGCGUCUGUUUGCGUACGUUGAUGCGGUUCCUGCGGAGCUGGACAGUGAGCGGUUCCGGCAGCACGUGCACACCCUGCGCACCAAGUAUGGGCCGAAUCAGUCCGAGCUGAUGCAGAAAUUUCUCCACCGUGAUCCCACCUACUCGGUCAUCCUGCACGGUGACUACAAUCGGAACAAUGUACUGUUUCGGUACGACGACGGGCAGCGUCCGGUCGAGGUGCUGAUGAUCGACUUCCAGGAGAAUCGGUACGGAUCGCCCGCCCUCGAUCUGUCGUUCCUCAUGUACAUGAACAUGACGCCGGAACUGCGCGAACGGUUCUGGGAGGAGCUGCUGCGUCGCUACCAUCGGCAGCUGAUGGGUACGCUGUGCGCGGUGCUGCACUGUGAAGAGUCGGAUCCGCGCCUGGAACCGUACCGCGAGGCUAGCUUUCGCGCACACUUUGCCCGCUUUGCGCUGUACGGCGCAAUGGUGGCGCUCAACUUUAUACCGUCGAUGAUGAGCAGCGAGGAGGAGGUGAUCGAGGUAAGCGGUUACUUCGAGCAGGAUAUACACUGCGAAGGCUUCCGGCGGUGUGCGCUGGCGAUGGGAGGUGAUGUGGUGAACCGGCGUAUAACGGCCGUAAUGCGGCACGCUAGCAACAUGGGUUACAUGGACGUGAUGUGAUGGGGUAAAGUGUGCAACGCAGUGCACAAAAGCAUAAUACUGAACGCUACGGAGACAAAUAAUCCUUUCCUUUUUUCGGGCAAUAAAAACAUUAGUAAAGAAGGGACCAAAGGAACGAUUUUUACACAUUUUUAAACAGGUUACCACACGUAAUGUUGGUCUUCAUAAUGGAAUUUUUGGACACUGUGGGUUACUCUUACUUUGUAACGCAAAGAGUAUUUUAGCAAAUUAAUAAUGUUUAAAUAUUAUCAAAAAAAAGUAUAGUAUUAGAACCUGUGACCAUAUGUUUAUAAUCAACAAUCAUCAAUUCAUAAAUAAAGAACGCAAAUGUGUGCGAUGUACAACACACUGGGCAUAAA